GAUUAUCCGGUGACUUGCCAGGUAUAUAUAUGUUCCCAGCACAGUAAGACGCCACAAGACGCCUGCCUGCCUGCCUGCCUGCCUGCCUGCCUGCCUGCCUGCCUGCCUGUUCUCGAUUACUAAGAGUCUGCUGUAGCACCAUGAUGAUGAUGAGAGUGGUGACGUGUGUGGUGGUGGUGACGGCGGCGGUGCUGGUCCUUGUUGACGCCGCCCCCCAGACUGGUGCUCCUCUAGGCCAGUCGCGUCCGGAGACCAGCUCCCAAGUCAUGAUCACCCUGGCACAAGAGCUGUGUGAGCAGCAAGGCAAGGGCCGCUGCGUCGCCCGUGUGGCCGAGUGCCUGAAGGACCAGAGUCCGGUGAAGCCCUCAGACUGUUCCGUGUGGAAGCAACAGAUGUUGGCCAACAUCACCACCUGCGCCAGGCAGCUGGACUACAGCUUCACUCCCCCUCCAUCCCCAGAAGACAUCUCCCUGAGCAGUGAGAGCGGUGAGAGCGAGGAGAACAGCGAGGAGACUUAUGAAUACUACGAAGAACUGGAGACAUUCCUCAAGAAAACCAAUUUCCUUCAAGACCAGUUGGUGCCCAUGGUUCGCUGCCUCCUGACGGAGAACCAGAUGCUUGAGAAGUUCAGCUGGUGCGUCAACCAAUAGGAACCCUCGCUGAACGUCACGAGUCACGGACACCUCUCAACACCUCUCAAUACAAACUUCGUUAUAAAUCUACUGGAAAACUUACCCGAGAACUUAGUUGCACUCACCCACGCCAGCACACUCACGCCAGCACACUCACUGCAAACAGUGUUACUACACUGCACUUUCAUAACCUAGGUGUCCACGUGUCUUGUUGUGUAACUAAGGUUAACUUAACCUUAGAAUGAUGAGGCAGAGUAUGAGGCAGUAGCAACGGUCACAGUCUGGCCUGAAGCAAGGGAACGCGUCCGUUGCGUCAACCACCACAGCAACAACGGUCACCGCCUGGCCUGAAGCAAGGGAACGCGUCCGUUGCGUCAACCACCACAGCAACAACGGUCACAGUCUGGCCUGAAGCAAGGGAACGCGUCCGUUGCGUCAACCACCACAGCAACAACGGUCACCGCCUGGCCUGAAGCAAGAGAACGCGUCCGUUGCGUCAACCACCACAGCAACAACGGUCACCGCCUGGCCUGAAGCAAGGGAACGCGUCCGUUGCGUCAACCACCACAGCAACAACGGUCACCGCCUGGCCUAAAGCAAGAGAACGCGUCCGUUGCGUCAACCACCACAGCAACAACGGUCACCGCCUGGCCUGAAGCAAGAGAACGCGUCCGUUGCGUCAACCACCACAGCAACAACAGCAGCCCCUCACCUUAACAACAGCAGCCCCUCACCUCAACAACAGCAGCCCCUCACCUUAACAACAGCAGCCCCUCACCUCAACAACAGCAGCCCCUCACCUUAACAACAACAGCCCCUCACCUUAACAACAACAGCCCCUCACCUUAACAACAGCAGCCCCUCACCUCAACAACAGCAGCGGACAGCUGGGUGGUGCUGUGUGUUCUGCGGUCUUUCCUUCAGCUUCAUAUUAGUCAUUUAGGUUAUCUUCACCGCGCUGCGGACAUUAGGCGACCAGCGCGCAAAACUUAACUUUUCUGCUUAAUAAAUCUUUUGGCAAAUA